GCUGCUUGAUGUAUCAUCUGACUCUUUUCUGUACAUCGGGUGAUGCUUUCAUUGCUUUCUGGAAUCCAGUUUUUCUAUUGCUCAUUUUAGCUAUCCACACUGUUCACAUUAUACGCAUGCCAACUCAAUUCUGAGUCGAUUGCAAUUCGAAAUAUGAAACGUGGUCCGAAUUCGUCACCAGCACUGCCAUCUAAACUGCGUUUGAAAGAUUUGCAUAUUGUUCAGCGUGUGCAUCCUAAUAAAGCCAAGACAGACGCCCUUUUAUCCAAGGUGUCGAAGUUGAUUCGCUCUUUCGAGAACAUUCCUCCCGAACCGUUCGAAGAAUGUACCAGUGAUGGCCAAUUAAUCGAACUUUUUGGAGCGUACAAUGAGAAGGCAAGGACCACUUAUUGGUGA